CCAUUCCACUUUCCCCUACUUUUAAAACAUGUCUCCCGACAACUUAUACAGGCUUGGAUCAAAAAAAGCAUCUGACUUUAUCUCACUGGAAUAUUUAUGGAGUGUGAUGGACCACUACAGUUUUCCCCAAAACGUCACUCAUAUUCAUCUUUGUGUUGAUUGGUUGAAGUGUUGACAGUGGGCGGGGCAUGAACAUACACAGGCGCAGUCACGUGGGCUUCAGAUUAGUUAGUUAAUUGUCUCAAUGUCUUAAUGUCUUAAUUGUCAGAGAAAAUGCUGCAAUAACCUGAAAACACAAUGGAAAUGGUUUACAACAAAAUGGAAAAGUUUCAGAAGAAUGCAUGAAAAAAGCAGAACUUCUAAGCUAAGAAUUAUCACAUUAGCUAAGUUAUUCAUCUGACCAGUGUGUUUAUCUUAGCCUUCUUCAUUACUUUUAUUCUAAGUAACAUUAAUCAUUCACAUAAAAACUACUUACACAGUAAUCCUGACUAAGAUCAGGAUACUCGUUCUCAUUAAGAUAAAACCAGAUAAAAAAUAUUUUACUGUAAAAACUUAAGUAAACUUAUGCAGCUUAUGAGUUCUGCUUGUUUUUCUAAUUUCUUUUUUAAAUUCUUUUUGUAAUUUGUCUUUUUAAAUCGAGGUUUUAUAUCUGCUGAGUAUUUCCAGUACUUCCUGUUAUUUUACAUUUUUUAUGUUUAUGACAGUUACAUGUGCGCAAUUUAAUGAAGCCACGAGAUACUAAAUCAAGGUCAUGAAAUCAUAAUGUCUGUGAUGUAGGAGGUUUUACAACCCUUUUAAUUCUCUAUUCUCUGUAUUUGCAGGUGUUUUCAAUAUUUGCUGCUGUUUCCAGAAAUUGUAUAUCAAGGACUUCAAAUAAAUCUGCAAAUGAAUCCUGAUUACAAAACUUGUAAAAGUAUAAACCAGGUAGACAGUAUCAGUGAAAGUAAAACUCAGCAGCUCCAUUUUGUGUCGAGGGGAAAAUAAACCAUUUCAGGAGUAAAAACACAGUGAGUAUCUAAAUGUAAAGCUAUAAUAUAUAAACACACUGAAGUGACACUAGAUGCAGAAGAGUUUUGUGGGUUUGUACUGAAGGUUUAAUGUACACAGGUUGUUUUAGGACUUGAUACCGUGACUAUUUCCUGUAAAUGAACUCUGUGCUGAUACAGGGUUUGAUUUAACACACCGAUGUUGGAGUGAAGUAAACGUGUGUCCUGCUGUAAUCUGGAGAAGGAGACAUGACCUCCAACAUGAGUGUGUCUGGAAAACAGGACUUAAAGAAAGACGAGAGAGUGAUGGAGGGAAAGAGAUCAGACUCACCAGAACCCAGCUGUGUGUCCAUGAAGAGUGACGCGUCAAUGGAAGAACCAAAUACCUACAGAGACAGUCCUACUGAUGUGAGACCACAAAAGAAGAAAUCAAACAUCAGCACAAAUCAUUUGGAGUCCAUAUUCAAGAAGCUGGAACACAAAGUCAUCACUCUGAUAAAGAAUGAGCUGAAGAGGUUUAGGAAGCUCCUGAGUCCAGAUUACCCAGCAUGCACUGAGAGGGAGGUGGAGGAUGAGGAGGAUCUGCACAGUGUCAGAGAGGGAGCGCUGAAGAUCACACUGCACGUCCUGAAGAACAUGAACCACACAGAUCUCGCUAACACACUGCACAACAAGUCUGUGGCCUCUGUGUAUCAACCAAAGUUGAAAUCCAACCUGAGAGAGAAGUUUAAAAGAAUUAAUGAAGGAAUCUCACAGCAUGGAAGCUCAGCACUUCUGGAUGAGAUCUACACAGAGCUCUACAUCACAGAGGGUUGGAGUGGAGACGUCAAUAAUGAACAUGAGGUGAGACAGAUUGAGACAGCAUCCAGGAGACCAGCAACACAGGAGACACCCAUCAAAUGUAAUGACCUCUUUAAAGACAAGUCCAUCAGAACUGUGCUGACUAAAGGAGUUGCUGGAAUUGGAAAAACAGUCUCUGUGCAGAAGUUCAUUCUGGACUGGGCAGAAGGAAAAGCAAAUCAGGACGUUACCUUAACGUUUUCCCUUCCCUUUAGAGAGCUGAAUUUGAUGAAGCAGCAAAAUCUCAGUCUGAUGAAUCUUCUUCAUCACUUUUUCCCAGAAAUGAGAAAACUAGAAUUAAUAGACUGCGACUCCUACAAAGUGGUGUUGAUCUUUGAUGGUCUGGAUGAGUGUCGACUUCCUCUAAAUUUCCAGAACAAUGAAAGAUUGUGUGAUGUGACAGAGUCAGCCUCAGUGGAUGUGCUGCUGACAAACCUCAUCAAGGGGAAUCUGCUUCCCUCUGCUCUCCUCUGGAUAACCUCUCGACCAGGAGCAGCCAGUCAGAUCCCUCCUGAGUGUGUAGACCAGAUAACAGAGGUACGAGGGUUCAGUGAUCCUCACAAAGAGGAGUACUUCAGGAAGAGGAUAAAUAAUCAGAGACUUGCCAAUAAAAUCAUCAGACACAUGAAGUCUUCAAGAAGCCACUACAUCAUGUGCCACAUCCCAGUCUUCUGCUGGAUUUCAGCCACUGUUCUAGAGAGAAUGUUAGGUGAAGCAGAGAGUGGAGAGAUCCCCAAGACACUGACUCAAAUGUUCACACACUUUCUGAUCUUUCAGAUCAAAAACAUGGACCAAAAGUACUAUCAGAAAUGUGACCCUGAUCCUCUGCAGACCAGAGAGAGUAUCCUGGCACUGGGAAAACUGGCUUUCCACCAGCUGAAGAAAGGAAAUCUGAUCUUCUAUGAGGAAGACCUGAGAGAGUGUGGCAUUGAUGUCAGAGAAGUGUCCGUGUACUCAGGAGUUGUACCCAAAUCUUCAGAGAGGAGUUUGGGCUUCACCUGGAGAAGGUGUUCAGCUUUGUACAUCUGA